GGUGGGGUCAGUUGCAGCUGUACGAGUUGGAAAAUAUUAGCUCACAGUUCUAGUGAAUUUGAGUUGCGCUUUUACAAACCCGGAGAAGUCCUUGCAGAACGAGACUGGAAGAAUGGCAUCGAAAGGGAAGGCUCCAAGAGGAACAAUUAAGGAUUACCCAAACUUUGAUGCGAAUCAUGAUGCAGAGGUACUUAGAAAAGCAAUGAAAGGGUUGGGUACUGAUGAAAGUGCCAUCCUUCACAUCCUAACGACAAGGAGCAGUGCUCAGCGUAUGAAAAUCUGCCUUCAAUACAAAACUCUUUUUGGCAGGGAUCUUAUUGACGAUCUAAAGUCUGAAUUGGGUGGGAAGUUUGAAAAGCUGAUUGUUGGGCUGAUGAAGACUCCUCUACAAUAUGAUGCCUCUGAAUUGCACAAUGCACUUAAGGGUGCUGGAACUGAUGAAAAGUGCUUGGUCGAAAUUCUUGCCUCAAGAACCAACCAGGAAUUAAGAGCAAUCAUUCAGGCUUAUAAGCAAGAAUAUGGCAAAGAUUUGGAAGAAAAUGUUGUUAGUGACACUUCUGGUCAUUUCCAAAGGAUUUUGGUGAUUCUUCUCCAGGCCAAUAGAGAUGAGAACACAACCUAUGAUGAAGCUGCUGUUAAAAAAGAUGCACAGGAGCUGUUUCAAGCUGGAGAAUUGAAAUGUGGCACUGAUGAAUCGACAUUCCUCACCAUCAUUGGGACCAAGAGCGCUCCUUACCUUCGGCAGGUUUUUACUGAGUACAUGAAAAUCUCAGGCUAUCAGAUUGAAGAAAGCAUUUCCUCUGAGACAUCUGGAAACCUGAGGACUGCAUUACUAGCAGUUGUGAAGUGUAUAAGAAGUGUUCCUGAGUAUUUUGCUGAAACUCUUUACAAUGCCAUGCAGGGAGCUGGUACAGAUGAUGACACGCUGAUCAGGGUUAUGAUUUCAAGGAGUGAAGUCGACUUGCUUGAUAUCCGUGAGAGGUUCUGCGCUAACUAUGGAAAAUCUCUUUGCAAUAUGAUCAAGAAUGAUACUUCAGGCGAUUACAGAAAUGCCCUUAUGAGCAUGUGUGGCGGUGAAGAUAAAUAAUGCUCCUUGUGAAGGAAUCAAUCCCACGUACAGUUUUGAGGCUUUGUCCUGUAUGAUUACUUAACCAGAUAUUAUUGUACUGCAGAUUUUUUUUAUGAAUUGAAGCUUGUAAAGCAUGUGAAAGAAUUGAUUUUUAACACUUUUAAAGGAGGACUGUGAUAACUCCUCAUUCUCUGUAUGUAAAUAACAAUUGACCACCGUGGCACAAACCAUCAGAAAUUAAUGAUUCCUUUCUGAUCUCGUAUGCAUUCAUUCUGUAGAGCUUAUUAGCUUUGCAAUUUAAAUAAGCUUGCUAUUUCCCAUAAUCCAGUAGUUAAUGCAGCUGCCGACAUAAAAGCUUUCUUAUGGUCAUAAUAGUAUGUCUGUGAAACUUAAUGGGUAACUAUAAAUUUAAUAAAAAUGUUAUGGGAUAAAAAUUGGGCCAAUGAAAGACAACUAAGGACCAAACUUUUGCCUUUGUUUUACUCCUGAGGGAGUCAAGUAUUUUGAUGCAUCUAUCAAAUGAAGGAGACUAAGUAAUCAGUAUUAAACAUGUUCUUGACAGAG